GAGUUGAGUAAUUUUGUGAAUUAAUUUAAAAAACACUUAAAAAAAUGGAAAGUGAAUUGUAUACAGUGAUAGAAAGUGAUACAGUGACAGAAUUGGUGAUUGAUAAUUGUAUAAAGUCACCAAAUACUAUGAAAGAAAUACGGAAAAGAAAAAAUGUGGAGUACCAAAGAAGGUAUCGGCAGCGGCAAAAAAAUAAAAAUGAAACAAGGACUUCUACUCAUGAGCCGGUGGAUAAGGCAUUGUUACAGUGGUUCAAGCUUCAGUGCGACCGGGGAAUACCCGUGAAUGUACCUCUGCUACAAGGGAAAGCAAUUUUUCGCUAUACAGUUAGACAUGCAAAAUUUCACAUGCUCCGUGAGUUGGAUAAACAUAUGUACUUAAGAAAUAAUCCUUCCGUUUUGUACGUCAUCCGUACUGAAAAAAAUAUACGGAAAGUAAAUCUUGCACAGCGUCAACAAAGGUAUCGAAAGCAUAUAAAAGAUAAUGAAAAUAUUUAUAAAAUGUUUAAAAUGAAAGAAUCUUUGCGAAAAAAAGAAUACCGUCAUAAACUAAAAUGCUCUCGGCUUAAUGCUAUUUUGCAACAGAAGGAAGGGAACUUUUCACAAAUUUCAGAAAACAUAUAUAAUUCCGACAAUAUACAAGAUAAAGAACGAGAAGAAAUAACUGCGACAAAUGAUGUUAUGUCGGUGAACAAUACUCAGCAAUCAGUAAUGCAAUUUCAUGGUAAUACUCCAAUUUCUUCAUUUCUUGCACCAUACGAACAACAUCUCGAAUGUACAACGCCGCAGGUUUUGUUACGCCAGAACAUGGACAUUUUGGGGGAUGGUAAAAUAACCAUGGAGUCUGUCAACACUUUAAAACGAAUGGCAGAUAUUGAUUUUAACAAGCCCGUAGAAGUAGAAGUAACAAUAAUUAAUGAUGAAGAGAUUGAAUUUGUUUCUAACUGGGUCACAGAUUAUAAAAUAGACAAUAUAUCAAAUAAUUUUCCCAUUGAGAAUAAUACUGUUCUCACAAAGGGCAAUUAUGCACAUGAAAGAGAUCCAUUCCCAAGAGAAGAAUGCAUAUCGUUUGACAGAAAUAAAGAUACAGCGUGGACAAAUACAAGUUUAUCAAAAUAUAUUAACCAACAUUGUGAAUUGACAAGCAACAUUAAACCGCGCGAUAUGAUCGACUCGGUCUCGAGUAAUUUAAUUAAAAUAAUAAAAAAAUUAAAUCAGUGGUACCAACAAAAAAAUUAUGAAGACUGUCCUAAGAACAUUACAAACUCACAAUAUACGUAUAUAAAAUUUUACUAUUUCAAUUUGUCGUAUAACGCUGUAACAAACAUUAUCCUACCUCUAAGUAAAACAGAAAACUUUAAUGAGUCGUUCAUUGAGCGCACAUUUGAAAUUGCUAAAGCAAACAAAAUUGGCACCCACCUUAAGCAAAUAGAAGAAUUGUACUACGAAAUGUUAGAGUGGAUUAAACGCAUAAAUCUUAGUGAAUUCACUUUGAAACAAAAUAAUCCCUCAUUCAGCAAAUCUGAUUUCACAAAUAAACAAAGAGCUAUGAAAACGGAAAUCAUAAUGAAUCAAGAUACAAGUAACCAACAUUUCCGUAACUCUCCUGUACAUUACGAUGCGCAAUCUAAACAAGACGAAAAUAAUCAAAGUAAAUUAAUAAGUUCAUUCAAUAAUUACAAUGCUGUUGAUCACGAUCAACAUCCUUUUCGUACAAAUAAUCCGCAAAGGUCACAAUCUUGUAAUAACAAUGAAACAACAGAUCCUGUAUACAUCGAACUUCUAAAUGAACAGCAAGUCAAAGCAGAACCUCUAAAUUUUCAAACUGGUGACAACACUUGCGAUGAAUCGGGUGAACGACAGAAUAAAAACGUCCAACCAACUAUAUCUAUAAGUUUUGAAACGUCUACAAGUCCUGGUGUAUCACUGAUAACAGGAGGAUUCUGUAAAGUAUGUUUAAAGAACACAAAUCUAAAAUGUUUCAACUGUUACGGACCUUAUUAUUGUGGUACAAGCUGUCAGAUCGCAAUGCCAAAAAUUGUGGUGCGAGAAUGUGAAACACUUAAAAAUAAUAUAUCUGUUAGACGGCGAGGUAAAACAUCAACAGAACGUUCACGUGAAUGUAGAGAGCGGAAAAGGGCUUUAAAAAAUGCAGCUAGCCAAGGGUUGAAUAUCUCAUCGUUCAUCAUUACAAAAACUAAACCAAAAACUCCAGCAGAGCGUAGUCGUGACUACAGAGCUCGAAAAAGACAAAAAUAUGAAGAAAAUCAAGAGUCAAAUGAUUUGACGCGAAUCACUGUUGAAGUUGAAGUACAUCAAGAACAUGAAAAUUCUCAACCUUCGACUUCGACUUUACUAAUUGAAAAAAAUAAAACUUCAAGAGAACGUGUUCGUGAGUUUAGAGCAAGAAAAAAAAAUCAUUGACAAAUCUUUCAGAAAACAUUAUUGAAGAUUUUCAAACGUCAUCAAAUAUUAUUAAUGCUAAUAAUAAUAAUACAAAAGAAACAUGUGUGCAAUUCACACGUGUUAGAAGUGAAACCUUCAAAAAUUAAAAAACAAU